AUGCCGACGAAAUACCUGAUCGCCGCCCUCCCCGUACAAUCCGCCGGCGGCGACAUCACCGCCGCCGAAAACUCCCUCUGGCGCAGCCUCGAGGACUCCAUCUCCCAGCACGCCAUCGACACCCCCCUCUACCGCUUCACGGUCCCCGCCCUCAAAGGCGGCACGCUCGACUCCCUCCUCGCCCUCAGCGACGACCUCAUCAGGUCGAACCUCUUCAUCGAGGGGGCCUCGCACAGGAUCAGGAGGCAGAUCGAGGACCUGGAGCGCGACGGAGGCGCCGGCGAGGGCGGCGCCCUGAUCACCGUCGACGGCGUCCCGGUCGACUCCUACCUCUCCAGGUUUGUGUGGGACGAGCGGAAGUACCCAACAAAGUGGCCACUCAAGGACAUCAUCGCCAGCAUCCUGUCGCGGAUCGCCAAAAUCGAGGAUGAGAUCAAGGUUCAAUCAUCGAAGUAUAAUUCUUGUAAGAACCACCUGAGAACAAUCUACAGAAAGCAAAGUGUAAGUUUAGUCGUGCGUGAUCUGUCGAACCUGGUAAAACCAGAGGAUAUAAUCACUUCGGAACAUCUAGCAACACUUCUUGCCGUUGUUCCAAAAUACUCCCAGAACGACUGGUUGUCAUGCUAUGAGUCACUUGACACCUUUGUGGUACCGAGAUCAUCUAAAAGGCUUUAUGAGGAUGAUGAAUAUGCGCUCUACACCGUAACAUUAUUUGCUAAGGUUGUUGGCAACUUUAAAGCACAUGCUCAAGAGAAAGGUUUUCUGAUCCGUGAUUUUGUGUAUAGUCCUGAAGCACAGGAAAGUAAGGACGACCUGGAAAAGCUGCUGCAAGAUGAAGAAACUAUGAGAACGUCUCUUCUAGAAUUGUUAUAUGCCAGAUACAGUGAGGUAUUCAGUUCCUGGAUGCACAUAUGUGCUGUAUUUGUCUUUGCAGAGAGCAUUCUUAGAUAUGGUUUGUCACCAUCAAUCCUGUGUGUUGUUCUAGCACCGUCUACGGAGAGCGAGAAAAAAGUAAGGAACAUCUUAGAAGAGCAUUGUGGAAAUGCCAAUAGCAAUGAUUUCUGGAAAUCUGACGAUGAUGGUCUCGGAGGUGAAAUCCACCCUUAUGUAUCCUCCACCAUGAAUGUCGUGUGAGUAUGAGCAUAUAGUGCUAGUGUGCUCUUGAUAUCUCCAUGGAGGCAAUGUUCUGGAGCAACUAUGCUUUCAGUAAUCAACAGGUUUUUCAAUACACUGUUAUUGACUCAUAACGUCGCAUUAAGGAGAUACAAGUGUAACGGAUUCACACCCGGCCUCUGCAAUACGAACCAACAAAUUAUCACAACGCAAGUUUGGUCAAUUUUUUGGUUUAUAUGUAGCUUAUGUCCUAGAAAUAAACCUACCCAUUUGUAGUUUUGGGAAUCUACACAAGACGGAAUUCCCGUUGGUUUUAUAAAUGUAAAUAUAUAAUUCUGGUACGAUACGGAAUUUCAUGAAUA